CACUGACCAAAUGGCUCCUAAAUACGCUCCAAGCCUUCGCUCCCGCUUGGCUCCUAUACUUCUUAUUCUGCAAACUGGAUUCUUUAUCAUAGCUGCACUUUGCUUUGAGUACAAGCAGUUCAUCAGACUUGACAGGGAGGCCUUCAUCGACUUUUACCCAGAGUUCCAGGAUGUGAAUGUGAUGCUGAUUCUUGGUUUUGGCUUCCUGUUUACCUUCCCAGUGCGGUAUGGCUUCAGUGGCUCUGGGUUCAACCUCCUUGUUGCCGUCAUUGCAACCCAGUGGGCACUCAUACUGAAUGGCAUUAAUUCCUGGUAUAACACCAAAAUCAGAAUUGAUUUAAAAAGCAUUAUAAAUGCAGAGUUGUGUACCAUGUCUGCUCUCAUAUCAAUUGGAGCUGUAUUGGGGAAGACAAACCAAGUCCAGCUCAUCCUGAUUGCUCUGUUGGAAGUGACUGGAUUUAUCUUAAACCAAUGGCUCCUCCUUACGCUCCUGAAAGUCCGGCCCCUGAACAGCAUCAUGUUGCUUUUUGUGUUCGGUUCCCUCUUUGGGCUCAUGCUGACAUGGAUCCUGCACAGAAAAACCCAGGAGAAAAGAUUUGAGAAGGAGAAAUUUGACAACAAGUCUGGGUUGUUCUCAAUGCUGGGCACUCUGUUUCUCUGGAUGUUUUGGCCCAGUUUUAAUUCCAUCCUGGUGGAUGAAAACCAUAAACUGCGAGCUGUGUGCAACACCUACCUGGCCUUGGCUGUCAGUGCUGUGACAGCAGCUGCUCUGGCUGUGCUCUCCAGUCCCAGAGGAAAACUCAACCCGAUCCAAAUGCAGUCAAGUAUUCUUUCCGGUGGUGUUACUGUCAGUGUUUCCAUGUCAGUAGUUGAACAUCCGUGGGAAGCCAUGGCACUCGGAUUCACUGCUGCUGUGAUAUCAGCUGUUGGGUUCAGAUAUCUGAAGAACCUAAUGCUGAUUGCUUAUGAGUGCCAUGACACCUGUGCUGUCCUGAGCACCUAUGGACUCCCUGGUCUGUUGGGGUGGCUCGUACAGCUUAUCCUGCAGAUAAAGAACUCUGAUGAUCACACGGUGAUGCUCCGUUUCGUUGUGUUUCACAUGUGCGCCCUCUUUAUCACCAUCUCUGUAAGCUUGUUGACGGGAAUCCUAACAGCAUUUCUUCUGAAGUGGAAAUUUUGGAGAACACCACAAAACAACAAAUGCUUUGAUGAUCAGGCUUUCUGGGAGUUUCCAAACCUUGUGGUACGAAAGUAAGAAGACGAAGGGACAAGUCGAUCAGAUCUGAUCCUGGAAGUACAUCCAUCUUUGCAACCCAAUAAAACUUUAUAAUGUUGUUUUUUUUACAUUUCUGAGGUGUAAAAAUAAAUGUUUUUGUGUAAAAG